AUGAAUAAGGCGCCGACAAGAGACAGAUUAUCGAUCCGAGGAUCGUCCAAGACGGUGGCGGAGUUCUUUGAGUACUCCAUCAACACAAUUCUGUACCAGCGGGGCAUCUACCCGGCGGACGACUUCCAGCAGGUCAAAAAGUACGGUAUCAAUGUGCUGGUGACGGUGGACUCAGAGGUCAAGGCAUACAUUCGCAAGAUCAUGGGCCAAUUACACAAAUGGCUGGUGGGUGGCAAGAUCCAGAAACUGAUUGUGGCCAUCACAUCCAAAGAGUCUGGAGAAGUGGUGGAACGAUGGCAAUUUGACAUUCACAUUUCGGGCAAGGACACAGACACGGCUUCAAAAGAAACCGACACAAAGACCAACGGCGACAAAAAGUCAGACGACCAGAUCCAGCAGGAGAUCCAGGCAAUCAUGCGCCAGAUCACCGCCUCCGUGUCGUUUCUGCCUGUCUUGGAAGAUGAAUGCACCUUCAACGUGCUGGUGUAUGCCGAACAGGACGCCCCUGUGCCCCCCGAGUGGGCCGACAGUGCCAACAGAGAGAUUAAGAACCCGGAACAGGUUCAGCUCCGAAGCUUCUCCACUAAUGAGCACAAGAUUGAUACUCUUGUUGCCUAUAAGCUGGACAGAUGA